UUCCAUCUGUAGUGCUUUAUACAGUACAUUAUGACUUCUAACUAUUGACAGCUUCAUUUAUUUAUUUAAUUUUGGCCACAGAAAUGGCUCUACUUUUGGCCUUUUUAUGUCUUACAAGCGUUACAAAUGUAAUAGGAAAGCAAAAGAUAAAUUCAGAAAAUAUAACAAGGAUUCUAGACGGACUUCUUGAGGGCUAUGACAAUCGACUACGGCCAGGAUCUGGAGUCUCUGUGACUGAGGUCAAAACAGACAUAUUUGUUACAAGUUUUGGACCAGUAUCAGAUGUUAAUAUGGAGUUCACCAUGGAUAUGUUUUUCCGCCAAAUGUGGGUUGAUGAGAGGUUAGCCUUUCAGGGGCCCAUUGAAAUCUUGCCUUUGAAUAACCGUAUGGUGGACAAAAUCUGGACACCUGACACAUUUUUCCGCAACGCACGGAAGUCACUGGCACACAACAUGACGUCCCCAAACAAGCUGUUCCGAAUCAUGCAAAAUGGCACAGUCUUUUAUACCAUGAGGUUGACUGUAAGUGCAGUAUGUCCAAUGGUGCUGAGGGACUUUCCUAUGGAUGGACACACAUGUCCUCUCUACUUUGGAAGCUAUGCUUACACGAAUCGUGAAAUUGUCUACACAUGGAGAAAAGGACUAGAGGCAUCUGUAGAUUUUCCUCCAGAAUCAUCAAGUCUUCUUCAGUAUGAUCUCCUGGGCCAGACCUUGUUCACCGAAACAUAUAAGUUCAGCACAGGACUGUAUUCUGUCCAGGUCGUCCAUUUCUAUCUUCAGAGGAAGCUUGGAUAUCAUCUUAUCCAAACGUAUAUCCCUUUGAUUAUGGUGGUGGUUCUGUCACAAGUCUCAUUCUGGAUCAACAAGGAAUCUGUUCCGGCUCGAACGGUAGCUGG